UGUCGACGUAAAAUGUUAAGAAGGCAGUUAAGGCUCCGGAAAGAAUAUCUUUAUAAGAAAGCUAUAGAAUACGAUAAAAAGCAAAGAAAAAAGAAAAAAGAAAUUUUAUUGAAAGCAAUAAAAGAUGAAAAAGCAAUUCCCCCUGAAAUUAGAAAGGAAGAAGCUGAAUUAAGGCACGAGAUUGAACUAGAAGAUGAGAAUACGUCAAAACUAAAGGACCACAUCGAUGAUGAAUACGCUUUUGCAGGCGUUAAAGAUCCCCGAAUCGUCAUCACUACGGCCAGAGAUCCAUCAUCUCGUCUAGCCCAGUUUGCUAAGGAAGUAAAGCUUAUAUUUCCUAAUUCUCAACGGGUGAACAGAGGAAAUUAUGUUUUAAAAGACUUGGUAAAUGUUUGCAAGAGUAACGAGGUUUCUGAUCUUUUAGUGCUACACGAACACCGAGGGGAACCUGACGGCUUGGCCGUAUGCCAUCUGCCGUACGGACCCACCGCCUACUUUACGCUUUCGAACGUCGUUAUGCGCCACGAUGUGCGCGAGUUGACUUCAAAGAUAUCAGAGGCGUACCCUCACUUAAUAUUCGAAAAUUUUCAGACUUCUCUUGGUAAAAGAGUCGUCAAUAUAUUUAAAUAUUUGUUCCCCGUACCAAAUAAUUCCAAAAGGAUAGUGACUUUCUCUAAUAGUGAUGAUAUUAUUUCUUUUAGGCAUCACAUCUACUCUAAAAACGGCCAUGGAGGUGUUGAUAUAAAGGAAGUCGGCCCUCGAAUGGAAUUAAAACUGUACCAAAUAAGGCUAGGUACCAUUGACCAAACCGAAGCAGACGUCGAAUGGGUAGCUCGCCCGUACAUGACAACAACAAAGAAACGUUCUUUUUUAUAA